AUGUCGGUUUCGACAUCAGAACAGGCAGUCAAGUCGCCAGCUAACCCAAAUAGCCGCCCCGAAGUCUGCGGUCCUCACGCUCCUGAGCGACCAUACCCUAUCUACCUUCGCGGCAAAGUCGAAAAGGGUUUUGGUCGUGGCUCCAAAGAUCUAGGCUGUCCCACCGCCAACCUCCCUUCCAAGGUUGUUGGUCCCGGCUCUCCUCUCACACGAACCGGUGUCUACUUUGGCUUUGCCCGUGUCUUGCCUCAAGAUCCUGAUGACCCCACUCUCACCGAUUCCGAAGAUGUCGAUGCAGAUUACGCUGCGCAGAACCCCGUCGCUGCAGACUCGCUCGAUGAUGAAGACAAUGAAGUAGUUCUCGGAGCAAGUCCGAUCCGCGAUCUUGAUGAGGCAUUCGCCGACAGUGGAUUGCCUCGCCCUCGUCAGGCUAGCCGUGCACUGCCCAGUCCAGCUUCCGUACUCGAGGCAGACUCAAGGAGACCUCACAAGGAAGCUCAACUCAGCCGGUCCGAGCUCAGAAAUGGCGCCCGCGACCCACCCACUGGCUCCUUGCAUGGCGCUACAGCAUCUUCUUCCUCAUCUUCAAGCAGCCUUUCCGCUGGUCGACCGAAGAAGUCCAAGCGCGUCCAUCUGCGACCAGAGGACUCGCACGUUUUCCCAAUGGUCAUGAGCGUCGGUUGGAACCCUUUCUACAAGAAUACACACAAGACUGCCGAGGUCCACAUUCUUCACGAGUUCGGCGCUGACUUUUACGAUCACGAGAUUCGCGUUGUGGUACUUGGCUACGUACGACCUGAGUACAACUACGAGUCGAUGGACGCACUGAUCGCCGAUAUCGAAAUGGACAAGAAAGUGACUGUCAACUCACUCAAUCGUCCGCUCUAUCAGGACUACUCACAAGAUCCAUUCCUUGGUCGUUGA